AUGAAUAAACAUAUUAUCGAUUUGAUAGUAAACCGUAGAUUAUUAGAAAAAAAACGAAUUAUUGAUAAAGAGAUAAUACGAAUAAAUUUAGAAAAUAUUAUCUUACAUUUUGAUAAGUAUUCAAAAGCUUACAAAAAAACACACCAUGAUUUGUUAAAUAAUAUUUGCAUAUACACAAAAAUAAUAAAAUUAGAUUAUAAUUAUUUAUUCUAUUUUUAUAAAAACGUGGUUAAUCCAUUAUUAAAUGAUAAAAAUAUAAAAACAGAUAUUAAUUUUUUAUCAAAUAUUAUUUAUACAUUUAAAAAGAAUGAAAAGUGUAAUCAUAUAUUAAAAGAAUUGAGUGAUUAUAUUUUAUUAAACCUUCAUAAAAAUGAAGAAAUAGUAAAAUAUAACACAAAAGAUAACAAUAUGUUAUCAAAUGAUUUAAAUACUUGGAUAAAUAUUAUACAUGUUCUUUCAAAAUAUAAGGAUAUAAAUAUUAUUGAAAUGUUACAAAAAAUUAUAAUACAAGAAGAAAAUAAUUUAUUAGGUACUAAAGAAUAUAUAAUAAAUACGAAUACAAAUAAAAAAAUAGAUAUAUCAUAUCCAAAAAAUAAUUUUUUUUUUUGUGUUACACCAUAUAAACAUAAUGUAUAUAAUAACAUAUAUCAUGAUAAAAAUAUAUUUUUCUCAUUAAAAAAGAUUAAUUAUAAAUUAAUAGAAACAUUAACUCCCAGAACAUUCAGUAUAUUAUUAAAUAUCUUAACAAAAAUACCUAUAGAACCAUGUACUAAAUUUAAUAUAUUUCUUAUAUCAAAAAUAAAAAAUAUGCUUAAUGAUUUUUCAAAUAUAGAUUUGUGCUUAAUUUUUGAAAAAAUAUAUCAUUUUAAAGGAAAGGAUGAAAAUUUUUAUUUAUUAUAUAAUAUAAUUUAUAAUGAAAUAUUAAAAAGAAUACAAUCAUUAGAUCUUUUACAAAUAUGUUUAAUUUUUAAUAAUUUAAAAAAAAAUCAUAAUUUGGAACAUCAAAUGAAUACAUUUAUCUCUUUAUUUAUAAAGAAAAUAAAAAAAUAUUAUAAUUUAUAUAAAGAUGUCACUAUAGAUAAAGACAAAUAUAUAUUAUUUACAAAAGAUAAAAAAUGUCUUAUUGAAAUGAUGCCAAUGUUUUUCUUAUCAUAUAUUAAAAAUUCUCCACAUAUAUUUCCUUCAUAUAAUUUAUUUAGUACAUUCGUUAGAUAUCAAUUUUUAACAAUAUAUAAAUAUAUACUAUAUUUAAAAAAUAAUAUUUCCUUACAAAAACAAAAUGGAUAUAAAAAGACAACAUAUAAUUAUCAUUAUAUUCCUUUAAAUAAUAUUAAUCAAACAUUGUGUAAUUUUUUUUAUGCGUAUUCUGGAUAUAUGUACAACACCUUAUCAACAAAUGGAUGUCAUAAGCAUAAAUAUAUAUAUAUCCAACAUUUCUAUAUAACUCUUAAUAAUAUAUAUACAUUUUUGUAUUUUUUUAAAUUCUUAUAUGAAAAUAAUUCAUAUUAUUUUAAAAAUUGUAAACACAACUUUUUAUUAUCAAUACAUAAGUCCCAACUAUUGAUUUUUUUUUAUACAUUCUGGUCAUAUAUAUUCGAUAUAUUAUUAUACAUAUCUAAACACCCGGAACAGCAAACCAUAAAAAUAACAAACAAAAAAAAAAAUGCUUACAUAUAUAGUGAUAAACCAAAUUAUAGUAUAUUUAAUGACAUACAAAAAUAUCUCUUGGAAAAUAAAAAAAAUAACCAUCAUCAUCAAACUCUUUCUUCUUUUUUUUCUUAUAUAAUAAAAUUAUCAUAUUUGAAAAAAAUAUAUUGUAUACUUAAUCUAUUAGAUUCUACAAAUUUAGAGCAUCUAAUGAAAGAAUCAUUAAAAUAUAAAAACACAUAUAUUAGUUCAAUUUAUAAAAAUAUAAUCGACACACUCAACAGUACCCAGGAUCCUAAUACAAAAACGUGUUAUUUAUUCAGAAGAAAAAUAAUUGGUCCCUACACAGCAUCGGUACUAGUUCAAAAAUGA